AGUAGUGAGCGGCGUGCGCAGGGCUCCACACUAGCUGAACAAUACAGUUGCAAAAUGGCAAAAGGUGAUCCGAAGAAGCCGAAAGGCAAGAUGUCUGCUUAUGCCUACUUUGUGCAGACAUGUCGUGAGGAGCACAAGAAGAAGAACCCUGAAAUUCCUGUCAACUUUGCAGAGUUCUCCAAGAAAUGCUCAGAGAGAUGGAAGAUAAUGUCAGCCAAGGAAAAAUGCAAAUUUGAGGAUCUGGCAAAACAAGAUAAAGUGCGAUAUGACCGGGAGAUGAAAGACUUUGGACCUGUCAAGGGAAGCAAGAAGAAGAAGGAUCCUAAUGCUCCUAAAAGACCACCAUCUGGAUUUUUCCUGUUCUGCUCAGAAUUCCGUCCUAAAAUAAAAUCCACAAAUCCUGGCAUCUCUAUUGGUGAUGUAGCAAAAAAACUGGGUGAGAUGUGGAAUAACUUGAGUGACAGUGAGAAGCAGCCCUACAAUAAUAAGGCCGCUAAACUGAAGGAAAAGUAUGAGAAGGAUGUUGCGGACUACAAGUCCAAAGGUAAAGUUGAUUGCGCUAAGGUUGCUCCUAAAGUUGCCCGGAAAAAGGUUGAGGAAGAUGAUGACGACGAUGAUGAAGAGGAUGAGGAAGAUGAAGAGGAGGAGGAUGAUGAUGAAUAAAGAAGUUGUAUAUUCUGUCCAUGUGAAUACCAUAGAGUAGGGGAACCGCCACCUGUUGCUGUCUUACAUGAUGGUCAACUACCCUCAUUAGGUUUAAUUGCAAAAUUGGGUUCUGAUCAUAGUUUCAACAAAAAAGCUCAUGGAGUUGCAACAGGUUUACAUUAUGUAGCCAUGUCUUUAAAACGAGCAAUCUGAAACUGUAUCAAAGUUGUAUAUAUUUCCAAACAUUUUUAAAAAUGAAAAGGCGCUAUAGUGUUCUCCUUACUCUGUGCACUUUGCUGUUGGUGUAACAAAGCAUUUAAAAAUGUUUCAAGCAUUUUUAUUUUUUUUAUUUAAGGUGUUACUAAAUGUUUUUUUGAUUUAGAAAAUCCUGGGUUCUAAACUGUACAUAUCUAAUCUGUAAACUAGACCAGUUCCUAAUGGUGCAUAUUUUUGGAGUGGUUGGUACUUCAAGGUUUAAACUUUCCUGGAUUUUAACACCUUCCUAGGGUUUGCCUUUGAGGCCAAAAGCAUGCACGUUGAGAUCAAUUUUUACACUACAUUAGGCGUCAGUUUAGCUCUUUUCUUUUUUUUCCUUUCUGUAUAUAGUGAAAUAGCAUUCUGCCAUUGGUUGUCAAAGGGGUUCAGCUGGCAUGAGAAACAUGGAUUAUUUUUUUUUAAUAAAAAAAAAUAGUUAAGUGCAGUAGUUUUUAAACUAAGACUGUAUUCAUGUCUUCCCUGAAUAAAGUGAAGAUUGAGUACAGUAUCUGGAAGUUCAAAAACAUUCUGUACAUUUACCUUACUUGCAUUGGUUUUUUUUGUUCUGUUUUAUUUUUUGUCUAGAAUGCUGAAAUGUUUUUGAAGCAAAAUAAAACAGUAUUACAUUUUUAAGACUGUUCUUGACAAGAUUCUAACUGACAUGUUGGUUUUACUGUAAUCUAGUCACAGGUUGUCUUGCUGUAUCUGAAGGCUGCUGUUUACUUGGCACAUAAAGCUGGUUUAUUGUAUUGCUUUUAUUUAGCAGCACUAAUUAAAAAUAAAUAAAUAAAAAAUCACUAGAUGCAAACUUGCAAAAUAAGUAAUGACUCGCUCUACCAGUUAGAGGUUUUUGCAACUCUAAAUAUAAUCUGGCCACUGCCCGAAAAGUUUGCAUAGUUAACUGUGCCUUACACUUUCCCUUAAAGUGUAUCCACAAGAUUGGAAGUUUAUACUAGUCUGGCUAGUAAGUCUUAUUGCUUAUAUGAUUGUUUGGACUAGUAACCACCACCCAACUUUUUGUUUUCUACAAAAAUCUUUUUAUCACUUCAGUUUAUUUACAACCUCUUUUGUGGCCCAUGCUACAGGUUUCAUAUUGUAUUCUCCUGUUUUUCAGAAUUGUUUUGGAACUGUUACAGUAUAUACAUGUAAAACUUUUCAUAGUUUAAAUAUGGAAUAUUAAAACAACUUUAACUCCAAAAAAAAAAAAAA